GCCUGUUGGGUUGCCAUGUUAGUGAGAAGGUUUCACGAUUUUACAUGCUUGGGUUGUGAAUACACCGAGGGUAUUAAAACGACACCACAGCGGUAAACCAAGUCUUGUGUUAUGUUUUAUACGCUAUAGCCAGAUCCGAUCGUUUUUGUGUAGUGAAUUGCGUCACACAUCAGUCGAUGCGGGUUUUUCCUGGAGGAUUAAAGUCAGAAACUGGCAACCCGAGGCUAGCCAGACGUCAGGUCUGCGGCGGCUGCUGCUAGCUUUUGUCCCGCGGACCGUGUUCCAGCUGUGGAGUCUCCGAGUGGGUGAGAGCAGCGACAGCGGCUGGUGAGAACAUCCCACUCGGACGUGAGGCUUCGACUUCACCGUGGAGAUUCACCAGCGCAGCGGUGCUUCCGGACACCUUCCCUUCUCCCGUCCUCCACAUGGCGUCUGUGAUACCACCCUGGCAGAAUGACUGACCUCCACCUCUGAGCGCCACCAUGGAGAGGAAACGCAGAAAGAAAUGAAUCCAUCUGCUCGGGCCCUUCACAGUAUGGACUCUCUGUUGGACUUGUGGACCUGAAACUCUUCACCGGAAACUCGUCACAAUGCUGCUGCCCGUGUGGGCGCCCCUGCUGGUGCUCGCCAGCUUCCUGCCCGCGGUCGGGAUGGAGCUCCUGGAGAGAGACGGAUCCACCUUUCAACAGAACCCGGAGGCUCCUGCUCCACCUGCCGAGUCCAACUGCUCCCAGCUCACUCUCAAGCUGGAGUUCUCCACCAAAGUGGUGGAACAUGAGUACAUCGUGGCCUUCACGGGCUACUUCUCAGCCAAAGCCCGCAGCCUGUACAUCAGCAGCGCCCUGAGGAAUGCCCAGGAGGGGGACCUGGAGUGGCACAUAGUACCCCGAGAGAACCCGGCCGCCGACUUCCCCAGCGACUUCGAGCUGCUCCACAUCCGACGGGCUUCGGCCGGCAGCCUGCAGACCCUGCAGGACCACCCCUACAUCAAGAGGGUGACGCCGCAGCGCAAAGUCUUUCGCUCGCUCAAGUACCUCCCCGCUCCAGAUCCCUCGGCUCCCUGCAACAGCACCCAGGGGCCUCAGAAGUGGCAGUCGUGGCAGUCGUCGCGUCCGUUCCGCCGCACCAGUCUGUCGCUGGGCUCUGGUUUCUGGCAUGCGACAGGCCGCCACUCCAGCCGACGGCUGCUGCGGGCCAUCCCCCGCCACGUGGCCCAGAUCCUGCAGGCCGACGUACUCUGGCAGAUGGGACACACCGGGUCGGGCGUGAAGGUGGCGGUGUUCGACACGGGCCUGAGUGAGAAGCAUCCGCACUUCAAGAACGUGAAGGAAAGAACCAACUGGACCAACGAGAAGACGCUGGACGAUGGUCUGGGACACGGGACAUUUGUGGCCGGCGUCAUCGCCAGCAUGAGGGAGUGUCAAGGUUUCGCCCCAGACUCGGAGCUGCACAUCUUCAGAGUCUUCACCAACAACCAGGUGUCCUACACCUCCUGGUUCCUUGACGCCUUCAACUACGCCAUCUUGAAAAAGAUUGACGUCUUGAACCUGAGCAUCGGCGGCCCGGACUUCAUGGAUCACCCCUUCGUUGAUAAGGUGUGGGAGCUGACGGCCAACAGAGUGAUCAUGGUUUCUGCCAUCGGCAACGAUGGACCUCUCUACGGCACGCUGAACAACCCAGCGGACCAGAUGGACGUGAUCGGUGUCGGCGGCAUCGACUUCGAGGACAACAUUGCCAGGUUCUCCUCCAGAGGCAUGACCACCUGGGAACUCCCGGGCGGUUACGGCAGAGUGAAGCCCGACAUCGUCACCUAUGGGUCGGGUGUGCGCGGCUCCGGGAUGAAAGAAGGAUGCCGGUCUCUGUCGGGCACCAGCGUGGCCUCGCCUGUGGUGGCCGGUGCCGUCACGCUGCUGGCCAGCACUGUGCUGAACCGUGAGCUGGUGAACCCGGCCUCCAUGAAGCAGGCUCUCAUCGCCUCCGCCCGCCGGCUGCCCGGGGUCAACAUGUUCGAGCAGGGCCACGGGAAGCUGGACCUCAUCAGAGCCUACCACAUUCUCAACAGCUACAGGCCUCAGGCCAGUCUGUCCCCCAGCUACAUCGACCUCACCGAGUGUCCCUACAUGUGGCCCUACUGCUCUCAGCCCAUCUACUAUGGAGGGAUGCCCACCAUCGUCAACGUGACCAUCCUGAACGGCAUGGGCGUCACCGGCAGGAUUGUCGACAAGCCCGUCUGGCAGCCGUACCUGCCUCAGCACGGCGACCACAUCGACGUGGCCGUGUCCUACUCGCCGGUGCUGUGGCCGUGGGCCGGCUACCUCGCCGUCUCCAUCUCAGUGGCCAAGAAGGCGGCGUCCUGGGAAGGUGUGGCUCAGGGUCACGUGAUGGUCACCGUGGCGUCGCCGGCAGAGAACGACUCGGAGGUCGGCGGCGAGAUGACGUCCACCGUCAAGCUGCCCAUCAAAGUGAAGAUCGUGCAGACUCCACCCCGCAACAAGAGAGUUCUGUGGGACCAGUACCACAACCUGAGAUACCCGCCGGGCUACUUCCCUCGAGAUAACCUCCGUAUGAAGAACGACCCGCUGGACUGGAACGGAGACCACAUCCACACCAACUUCCGGGACAUGUACCAGCACCUGCGGAGCAUGGGCUACUUCGUGGAGGUCCUGGGGGCGCCCAUCACCUGCUUCGACGCCAGCCAGUACGGCACGCUGCUGAUGGUGGACAGCGAGGAGGAGUACUUCCCCGAGGAGAUCACCAAGCUGAGGAGGGACAUCGACAACGGACUGUCUCUCAUCAUCUUCAGUGACUGGUACAACACGUCUGUGAUGAGGAAGGUCAAGUUCUACGACGAGAACACCAGGCAGUGGUGGAUGCCUGACACCGGGGGCGCCAACGUGCCGGCUCUGAACGACCUGAUCUCGGUGUGGGGCAUGGCCUUCAGCGACGGCCUGUACGAGGGCGACUUCACGCUGGCCGACCACGACAUGUACUACGCCUCCGGCUGCAGCAUCGCUCGCUUCCCCGAAGACGGCAUCGUCAUCGCCAAGAGCCUGAAGGACCAAGGCCUGGAGGUGCUGAAGCAGGACACGGCGGUGGUGGACGGGGUCCCCAUCCUGGGCCUCUACCAGACCCCCGCGGAGGGCGGCGGCCGCAUUGCUCUCUACGGUGACUCCAACUGCAUCGACGACAGUCACCGUCAGAAAGACUGUUUCUGGCUGCUGGACGCGCUGCUGCAGUUCACCUCCUUCAGCAUGACCCCGCCCAGCCUCAGCCACUCACACAGCCGCGUGGCGCCCCCUACUGGCGCCGACCGGCCCCUGCCGCAGAGAUUGGAAGGGAACCACCUGUACCGCUACUCUAAGGUCCUGGAGGCUCACCUGGGGGAGCCCAAGCCCCGCCCCCUGCCCGCCUGCCCCCACCUCUCCUGGGCCAAGCCGCAGCCCGUCAACGAGACGGCGCCCAGUAACCUCUGGAAGCACCAGAAGCUGCUCUCUGUGGACCUGGACAAGGUGGCGCUGCCCAACGUGAGAGCCAACCGCCCGCAGGUGCGACCGCUGUCCCCCGGCGAGAGCGGCGCCUGGGACAUCCCGGGAGGAAUAAUGCCAGGCCGCUACAACCAGGAGGUGGGCCAGACCAUCCCGGUCUUCGCCUUCCUGGGCGCCAUGGUGGUCCUGUCCUUCUUCGUGGUCCAGCUCACCAAGUCCAAGAGCCGACCCAAGCGGCGGAAGCCUCGGGUCAAGCGACCCAGCUACCAGCCGCAGACCACGGGGGCCCCGGGCGGGAAGAACCCCGGGGUGUGACUCUGUGACGGGCGACUCUGGCUCAAUGAGCCGGGGACUUUUGGGCGCCCCCCGGUGCCCGUGCCUCAUCGCGCUCGGUGUGACGGAUGGACUUGGACGCUCCGAUCGCGAUGACAUCAUCGUCUUCAGUGUUGACUGAAAUGUCUGGUUUUAUAUUUAUUGAUUGUUGUCCCCAUCAUACACACACAGGAACAACACUAAUGCGGAAGCACAAAUGACUCAUUUUCCUCCACAGACUCGCAAUCGUUUUUCCUGCAAGGUUUUUGUUUUUAUAUUUUCUACAACAAAGAUGGCCGACCCACCUGGCUCCUCCUGAUGGGGGCGCCAGCCGUGCUUCAGUGUAUCUGCUCCAUUAAAGAAGCAUCAUGAAA